CCGCUACCGUGGCCGCCGCUGGGCGGGGCGCCCCAGCUACUGCUCCCGCCGGCUCCGCGUGCACGCGGGCGGCGCCUCCUCCUCAGGUAAAUGGAAGAGCUGGAGGGCGGUUUAUCCCAGACUCGGAAAGCACACAGAAUAGAGCAGAUGGUGGCAAGGUGGCUUCGGCGCUCCCGGGACAGCUCAGCUCGGGCUAAAGUCGCCGCUGCUGAUGGGCCACCCGGGAAUCCAGCCCAGGCGCUCACGCCAGUGCAGCACACAGUGACACUAGACAAAGAUGUCCUCCUCCAGAACUAUGGAUUCCACAUUUCUGAGACUCUCCCCCUCACAGUGGUGGCUGUCACAGCAGGCAGCUCUGCUCACGGCAAGCUUUUCCCUGGCGAUCAGAUUCUCCAAAUGAACAAGGAGCUGGCUGAAGACCUUUCAUGCGAACGAGCAGUCGAUAUUCUCAGAGAAACGGAAGAUGCUCUUUCAAUUACAGUUGUCCGCUGCACAUCGGGAGUCCCCAAGUCGUCCUUCUUGACUGAAGAGAAGAGGGCCCGGCUGAAGACCAACCCAGUGAAGGUGCACUUCGCUGAGGAGGUGCUGGUCAGUGGGCACAGCCAGGGGAACUCUCUGCUUUGUAUGCCCAACGUGCUCAAGGUGUACCUGGAGAACGGACAGACCAAAGCUUUCAAGUUUGAGGCAAACACAACUGUGAAGGACAUCAUCCUCACGGUGAAGGAGAAGCUGUCUAUCCGAAGUAUCGAGUACUUUGCACUGGUCCUGGAAGAACAGUACAGCAUCUCCCGCCUACACCUUUUGCAUGAGGAGGAGCUCAUCCAGCAGGUGGUGGAAAGGGAAGAAUCACAGGACUCCCGCUGCCUCUUCAGGGUGUGCUUUGUCCCCAAGGACCCCCUGGACCUGCUCAAAGAAGACCCCGUGGCCUUCGAGUAUCUCUACCUACAGAGUUGCAGUGAUGUCCUUCAGGAGCGCUUUGCCGUGGAGAUGAAGUGCAAUUCUGCCCUCCGGCUUGCAGCCCUGCACAUCCAGGAGCGGAUCUAUGCCUGUGCCCAGCCACAGAAGAUCUCUUUGAAGUACAUAGAGAAAGACUGGGGAAUAGAGAAUUUUAUAUCUCCAACUUUACUCCGAAAUAUGAAAGGCAAAGACAUCAAGAAAGCCAUUAGUUUCCACAUGAAGAGAAACCAGAAUUUGCUGGAACCCCGGCAGAAGCAACUUAUUUCUGCUGCUCAGCUACGCUUGAAUUAUCUUCAGAUCCUGGGAGAACUCAAGACGUAUGGCGGGAAAAUCUUUAAUGCUACUCUGAUGCUACAGGAUAGAGAAUCCUACAUUGCCCUUCUGGUGGGGGCCAAGUAUGGGAUUAGCCAGAUCAUCAAUAGCAAACUCAACAUCAUGUCCACGCUGGCAGAGUUUGCCAACAUCAGCCGUGUGGAGCUGACGGAAGAGUCUGAGAAAGUGAGCGUGGUCAAGAUCUACCUUCAGGACGUCAAGGUUCUGACUUUGUUGCUGGAAUCCAGCAGUGCAAAAGACCUGACCUGCUUGAUUGCUGGGUACUACAGGCUGUUUGUGGACCCAGCCAACCCUGUCUUCCUCUGGUCUGGAAACAGACAGCAGACUCACCGAGUGUCUGCUGAAGAAGGCUACGAGUCCAGGGCCUGCAGCGACUCAGAGGAGUCCUCUGAAGUGGAUUGCGUACUGGAGCCCCUUUCUGACCGAUGCCUGGUGAAGCUGAGCCUCUGCAGACCGUUCGUCAGAGAGGAGCAGCGGCCUGGAGACAGCCCCACACCUGAGGUGACCAGGAGAGGCCCAAGCACCUGCGGGGCCAGCAGCAUGACAGACAGUGCUGAAUCUGAGGCAUCGGACUCAGCCAACACCGAGAGCCGAGGCUGCAGGACCAGCGGGUCUAGUGAGUCCAUGGACGCCCUUGAAGAGGAUGACUUGGACGCGUGCUCCUCCAGUGGGACCAGCUUCUUCCACUUCGGCCCACCAGGCUUCUCAAAGGACCUUGAUACCAACAGCCAAGAGGAAAACAGCAGGGUCGAGACCAGUGGUUUCCUGUGUUUGCUGGACCUGGCCCAGAAUGCUACUCCUCGGUGCCAGAAGCUAGAAGGCCCCCAGAGCCUUGCUUCGGAGGCCUGCAGCUGGGGACCAGAACUGAGCAUGGGCAGGCUAGACCCCAGGUUGUAUGAGGGCAGCCGGACAGACUACUAUAGCCUGUGUUCCAGCGUCUCCCCAGGCAGCCACCUGAGUGACUCAGGCUCAGAGAGCACAACCUCCCGGCAGGGAGCUGCACCUCCACCGUGGUGCCCGCAGGACUGGAUGGAGGCUCAGUCCGGCUCCAUGCUGGAAACCCUGGCCCUGCCUGCUCUGCCCACACUGGCCUUGGAGGAUGGCAGCUCCGAUGAGGAAUACUACGAUGCAGCUGACAAGCUCACACCGCCAGACACGCUCUCAGGGCCCAGAGCUGCCGAUCUGAGUGCCAUGAGAUUGCAGAGUCAUUCUAGAACCCGUGGCUCCGAGGAAAGCCUGCAUCCGGGCCCAGAGGGAGGAGAGCCAAGCAGGCAGGGAGGGGUGAAGAAGUAUGCCAAGUCCCCGAGGAAAAGAAGGUCCUUCCUACAGACAGAUCACACCUCCCAGGUCUCCUUCCCCAUGGAGCCAUCCGCCUCCCAGGAGAACAUGGAUGAUGUGUGCUACUAUGACAGAGAGCCCUACCUGAGCCUCACUGCCCCCUCCCCAACUGUGUCCUCCCUGCAGGACAUGAAAAGUGAACCAGGCCUCCUGGAGACCAAAGCCUUGGGGUUGCUGGCUUCCCUGAGGGAGACAAAGAGCAAAAAUCCAGCCUCCAGGAUCAUGGAGAUGGAGCCUGAGACCAUGGAAACCAAGUCCGUCAUUGACUCUCGAGUGUCUUCUAUCUCUGCCAUUCGCCUCCGAAUUGACCCGGGCAACACAGAGAAUCUUGAGGCCAGUCCCUCGGCUGUCACCACCGAUGGUUCCUCAGCAAGCAUCCCUCACAACCCCCAUCCUUCCAACCCAGGUUCCUCCAGCCCACGGGCUGCUCAGGUCAGGCCCCUUCAGAGCGUAUCUCCAGGUCAAGACGCAGGGGGUACCACCCCCAAAGGGCUCCCUGCAGAGCCUCAAGACAGCGCCUUCCCCCUCUCUAGUGCUGACCCUAAUCCAGACACCCCAGGGCCGCACCACGCCCCCCAAGGAGACGCCUCAGAGCUGGAAGAGGUGCGAUCAGAAAUGGGGUCGGGAUCUGUUUUAAUAAACCACAUACAAGAGGUUACCCCCCAAAUCGCAGGGCCUUUGUGUCCCGGCGAUGGGCCUACUACUAGUGGGGAACACGGAGUGACUUCGGAAGAGAUGGCCUUGGAUGCAGCUGAAGUUAGGCAGGAAAAUGCCCCCAGCCUGUUCCAUAAGGGGUUUGGGAAGGACUCAGGUGAUUUCAAGGGUGACGGGUUAGAUAAUGUUCCACCGGCCCUCGACGACGCUCAUGCUCCAGCUGGUGAAACAGAAAGCUCCUUCCACUCAAAGCCGCCUGCAACAGGUCUGGGACGAAUCUCUCCCAACUCUGAAGGGGAAAACCAAGAAGCCCAGGAGCAGGAGCUGUUGGCCGAACUAGACUUGGGCCCUAAUUUCUUACUUGGGGAGCAGACCAUUCAGUCAGCCGUCCCUCCAGAGCCGGUCGAGGCAGAGCAGCUCGACCACGUGAUGGGAGAAGACUCGGUCCCCGUGGACACUUCUCAGCAGGUCUGUGUCCGUACAGUACCGCCCCUGCCAAAGCUUUCCCCGUGUCAAGAGGAGCCCCGCUCAGCAGAUUCAGGCCACGGCUCCCCAGCAGAAAGCAAAGGUGACAGUCCUAUCACUUGCCUUCCGCCUGAGAGGUCUUUCCUGUGCUUCGCCCCAGAGAGCCAUCCUGAAGGCUCCAACAGUCUCAGCAGGGUCACCUCCUUCAGUUUCGCUGGCAUGAAUGAAGUGGCGCCUGCCGGGAUUGGCAUAGAACACUGCCGAUGUCAGUUCCCCUAUGCCACAUGCUUCCGUGGUCUGCAGCCUGAGACAGAGGAAGAAGACGGGGACCCACAGUCACACCCUGCCGCCCCUCUUACCUCACCACCCUCUGCAGGAAGCCAGGUGACCCUGCCCUGGAGGGCAGCCCGUGCCUACAGCUGCACCACACCCCUGUCCAGGAAAAGCCACAUCUGGCCAGAGUACUGCUCCAGGGCUCUGAGGCAGCUGAAAACUGCCCCUGCAAAUGCCCCUGAGGGCUUUGUCCAACUCACAGAGAGCCUGCUGGAGCUACAGGACAUUUUAGAAGCCUCCUGGGGGGUUGGAAACAAACACCCCCCUGACAAGUGCACCUGGCAUUUUUCAGAAAGUCGGAGCCGCCUGUGCAUGGGCUCACAGAAGCUCCUAUCCAGCUGUCAGCAUGUGAUCAGAAUGGACCAGUCCCCCGAGGAGAUGCAGGGUGCUGUGCGGGUCACUUUCCAGCACCUGGUCCAGCUGGCCGGCCUCUGCUUCCAGUUCACAGACUGUAGCCGCUGUUCCACCCGGCACAGGGAAGUGGCCGGGAACCUGAGGGACGUGAUAUAUACCUACCACCAAUUCGUGGAGGCCGCAAAACUCACCUGUGAGAGAGGUUACCAUGACCUCAGUGUGAAACUCUUGGCCCGCCAGUGCACAGCCCUCACAGCUGCUGUAUUCUGUUUGACCCAGAAGUUCCGGGCAUCCACUGCUCUGUGAACAGGUCACCGACACAGGGCCUUUACCUUGCCUGGAAGGUUCUCCAAGGAGCCUCUUCUAGUUCACCCACUCCUUUAAAUGUUUACGUCAUAGAGUAUUAAAAUAAACUGCUGCUUAAUCUUGUCUUGUUCUGAGCGAUGGUAAAUUUGGAUUAAAAAUGUUCCCUCAUGC